AUGUCUUUAUCGGCAAGUCGCCAGCAGUUCCUGGCAUACGAAACUCAAGGUGCUGACGAUAUUCAUUAUGGGAGAAAAGGCGGCAUAUUCAUCUCAAACUUCAUAUGCAUCUCUUUUAUAAUAUUAGCUGUAAUUGUUGCUGCACUAGUCGGAGUUAUCGUUUACUAUGUUACUUAUUUUAAGGUAUCACAAACACCUCAAGACUUUUGGAAUGAAGAAGAACCAUUUGGGCAGACAAGUGAGCCCUCACCUGACCUUCGAUUGCCGCCUUAUGUUGUUCCAAGCUUUUAUAGAUUAAAAAUAAAAACUAAUAUUGAAAAAUCAUUGUUCAGUGGAGAGGUCUAUAUUACAAUAAGAGCCAGCAAACAAGUCAAAGAGAUAAUAUUACAUUCAAAGAACCUCAGUAUUAAUAGUAAUGCUAAGCUCACAGAGCAAAUAUAUGAACAUGAAACAGUACAUACUAUUUCAAGGAAAAAGCGUGAAGCUAAUACAACUAAUUUAGAUAGUGUUACAGUAUCACCAAGUCUAUCCAAUGGUUCUUUAGGUACUGCCAACAACUCUGAAAGUAUAACCGAAAAUAUUAUAGUAACACCUGUAGACAAUGUACAAAUUACAACCAUCAAUACGCAAGUAACACACAGCAGUGUCCGUAAUAUUAAAAUAUUGUCUAUUAAGGAGAGCUCAGGUGAUAGAUUGAUACUUACAUUAGCUUCCAAGUUAAAAACUGGUGUUGAUUAUACUCUAGAGUUGUCAUUUGAGGGAACUAUAUCAAAUUCAUUGACUGGUUUCUAUAAAAGUACUUACACUACUAAUAAGAAUGAGAUUAAAAAACUUGGUGUUACACAAUUCGAACCUACAUCUGCCCGUGCAGCGUUUCCCUGUUUUGAUGAGCCUGCAUUCAAAGCAAAGUUUGAGAUCAGUAUAGCACACCCACAGAACUUAACAGUGCUGUCCAAUAUGAAGGUUGCUGCACAGGAACCUAUAAAAGAAGAGCCUGGAUGGCAGUGGACACACUUUGAUAGAUCAGUUAAUAUGUCCACAUACCUUGUCGCCUAUGCAAUAUCGGACUUCCAGAAUCUAGAGACCAGCUACACUAGUAAAGACAACAUAACAAAGACAAUCCGUGUUUGGACCAGACCUGAGCUCAUACAUAAAGCUAAAUAUGCAUUGAACAUAACACCGAAACUUCUGGAAUAUUAUGAAGAUGUGUUUGGACUGCCUUAUGCAUUGGACAAGCUUGACUUAAUUGCAAUUCCGGACUUUUCAAGUGGUGCCAUGGAAAAUUGGGGCUUAAUCACAUUCAGGGAAACAACCCUUUUAUUCGACGACGCUGAGGGUGUACCUCGGGACAAACAAAAUAUUGCGAUCGACAUAGCACAUGAACUGGCCCACCAGUGGUUCGGCAACUUGGUGACGAUGAAAUGGUGGACCGACUUAUGGCUCAAUGAGGGAUUUGCCACUUAUAUAGAGUACGUCGGUGUAGAUCACAUCGAACCACAGUGGGAUAUGUUUGAAUCGUUCACAAGAGACAAAAUGGACCUCCUGAGGUCGGACGCGCUCAAGAACACAUCGCCAGUGUCACGCAAAGUGAUCGACGCCUCGGAAAUAUCGCAGAAGUUCGAUGAAAUAUCCUACAUGAAGGGCGCCAAUUUGAUAAGAAUGCUAAACCACACGAUUUCCGAAGAACUGUUUCAUAAAGGACUGGCCAUUUAUUUGAAUAACUGGAAAUACUCAAAUGCUGUAGAGAAUGAUCUCUGGGAAGCCAUGUCUAAGGCCACUAAGGGAGACCCCACUCUGCAACAUUUGUCCGUAGUGAAGUUUAUGAACACUUGGACGAGACAAGCAGGUUAUCCAGUCGUGAAGGUUGAAAGAGAAUAUGGGAGCGAAAAAGUCCAUUUUAGUCAGAAGCUGUUCACGAGCAGUGGCGAUCCAUACAAAAGCAUGGCCGACCAACUUUGGCACAUCCCCAUCAGCUACACCUCUAUGGACGUUCCACAUGGCAACUGGACCACGAAGCCGCAGCUGUGGUUGAGCAACAGAGCUGCCACUGCUAGCGUACAAAUCGACGAUACGCAAGCUCUAUACGUUAAUGUGGAUGCUAUCGGCUACUACCGCGUGAACUACGACAAGAGAAACUGGGAGCUCCUGAAUCAGGCGUUGAAAAUGGGGGCCUUCAGGACACCUAUCACAAAAGCCCAACUCAUCGACGACGCGUUCAACUUAGCCAAGUCCGGACAGCUGGACUACAGCUACGCGUUAGGACUAACCACUUGCGUGAUAAAUGGCGAGGACUCUAAGGUCGUGUGGGACCUGCUACUAAACAACAUGGCAUUUUUGAAACACAACCUUAAAGCUACGUCGGGCUAUAUUUAUUUCCAGGAUUACAUGAAAAUAAUCCUGAGUAAGCAGCUGGAGCGGCUGAACUAUGGGAUGGACAAGCCCAAGGAUGACAACGAAGCGUUCCUCAUUGAGAACUUGGUGAUGUGGGAAUGUCUUGUGGAGUCGACGCGCUGUCUAGACUGGGCCGCAGAUCUAUUCCACAAGUGGAUGAAGCAAGAUGACCAUUCCAACAACCCGAUCCCGAGCCACCUCCGUUCUUUAGUGUACAACAUGGCAAUCAAGCAUGGCGGUCGACGGGAGUUCGAAUUUUUAUGGAACUUGUUCCAAAACUCCACCGAUCCCAACAUCAAGACCAUGAUCAUAACUAACCUGCCCAGUACCAGGGAGGAGUCCUUAAUUUCUUUCUUGCUGGAGAAAAGCCUGACAGAGAUCCCGAAACAGUAUGCGGUGGCUGUGUGGAGUGUGAGCCCACCGCUGGGCACGAGGCUGGCGCAGCGGUUCCUGCGCGAGCAAUUCUCGCGCGUGUACGGCACGUUCGCGCGCCUGGACGCCUUCAUGUUCCCCGCCGUGCUGUCCGGCGCCUUCGGCUUCAUCACCACGCAAGACGAACUCGACGCGUUGAAAAGCUUCGCGAAGCAACACAAAGAAGAACUGAUACCGAUGUCGCAGACGCUGCAGAAACUGAUUGACACCGCUACACUGAGGAUAAACUGGGUAAAGAAACACGCAGAAGAAAUCAAUCUAUGGUUCAAGAACUAUGUUACGGGUAAUUCUACCUCACAUACAGAAGUAAUAAAAAAAGGAUCAGAGCCGUUGCUCACACAAAACAUUACCUUCAACAUUUCGACCAAAGCUACGGGGGCUAAUGACACUCUAGUGACAACAGUUAAGACCGAAAAUGUUACCAGUAACCCUAGUCGUUAA